AUGUGUGCCCUGUCUCCCUGGCACGCCCACAAUGCCUUUGAAAGCAAGGUCAAUGUACUCUACGUCCUGGGUCUAGUUCACGCGCUCAUUCAUUCGUCUGGUAGCCGCUGUGCCUACCUGUGGCCAGCGGAUUGUGUUAUUACGUGCGGUUCUAAUCGGAUCCCUCUUAUUCCCUUACAGGUGGGUACAGACGCUUCCAGCUUGAGAAAGGCAGACCCCAAAGGUCGGAGCGCUCUGUUGGCUGAUAUCCAGCAGGGAACUCGCCUACGGAAAGUCACACAGAUCAAUGACCGCAGUGCCCCACAAAUUGAGAGUUCUAAGGGAGGCAACAAAGAAGGAGGAGGUUCUGCAAACUCUCGAGGCGGAAGCACACCCCCAGCCCUGGGAGAUCUGUUUGCCGGUGGCUUUCCAGUGUUGCGUCCAGCAGGCCAGAGGGAUGCAGCAGGUGGCAAGACAGGGCAGGCCCCUGGCUCCCGGGCGCCUUCUCCCCGGCUUCCUAUCAAAACUAUCAGUGGCCCGCUUAACCCCCCUGCAUCUCCCAGGCUAGGCAAUGCCUCUGAGGUGCACGGCGCUGCCAGGACAGUCCCUCCUCGCCCCAGCAUGCCCGCCCCACCGCCUCCUACCCCACCCCCACCUCCUCCGCCCCUGCCCCCACCCCUGCCCCCUUCCUCCCCCACCAAAACUCCGCUGGUGUCCCCACCUGGCCCACCCACCAAAGGGAACCCCCCAGUGGCUGUACCCCCUCUCCCCUCCGUACCUCCCCCUCCCCCUCCCCCCCCUCCCCCAACUCCACCCCCCCUUCCCCUGGCCUCCGUUCUCAGUGACAAGGCAGUGAAGCCUCAACUAACCCCCUUGCACCUACCACCCAUCCCACCCCCACUCCCCCUCCUCCCACCUUGUGGGUAUCCGGGGCUCAGUGCAGAUGCUACCAGCCCCGCCCAGGAUGUGCGGGAGCCUCCCGCCCCACCGCCCCCGCCACCCCCACCCCCUCUUUAUGCCUCCUGUACCCCGAGGUCCUCUGUGCCUGCGCCUCCUUUGCCAGGAGCUAACAACAGCAGUGAAGCCCCGCCCCCGCUGCCCCCCAAGUCUCCCAGCUUCCAGGCCCAGCCACCCAAGUCCAGCGUUCAAGCCUUGCCUACACCUCCAGCCCCUCCGGGAUCCCAGACGUUCGUGCAGAAGAAGAGGCCCGGACGAGGCCCAGGGACCAGUGGGGGAAAGCUAAAUCCACCCCCAGCACCGCCUGCGAGGUCACCCACCACGGAGCUUUCCAGCAGAAGCCAGCAGGCCCCAGCCUGGACCCCGACACCGGAGCCGGGAGGUCAGCUGCGGAACGGAAGCCUGCAUAUCAUCGAUGACUUUGAGUCGAAAUUCACGUUUCAUACUGUGGAAGACUUUCCUCCUCCAGAUGAGUAUAAACCAUGCCAGAAGAGUUACCCCAGCAAGAUCCCCAGAAGCCGGACACCUGGUCCCUGGCUCCAUGCCGAGGCGGCAGGGCAGAGCUCGGAUGACAUCAAAGGCAGAAAUUCUCAGUUAUCUCUAAAGACCCUCCGGUGAGAAGGCAGAUGAAGCCCAUGUCCUGUGAGCCACCUGGGGUUCCAUACUGCCAGAUGGGCGUCCCCAGGACAACGUGUCUGUCCUCACCACACUCGAGUUGUAAUUCAGUUGACACACAAGCUCAGAGUGGAGCAUUUAUUUAUUGUAAAUACGUAGUUUGCACAGGCUUUAAGUCAGUAUGGUAGUCGACUUUUGAGUAAUUUAAACACACACACACAUUAUGUUUCUCCAGUUUUUUUAAGACGCAUCUUGUCAUCCAUCUGUCGGUGCAGACAGAGCCCUGUCCCCACCCCGUGGUGUCCAUUCCAUGACUGUAAAUAUGCGUGCAGGCUGGCCCUUCCUAGAUUCUGAACCGUUUCUAGAAGAUUCCUUAGUUUGCAAGUAGUCCCGAAGUCGCAGUAUCCAUGACAGCUUCUUAUUGGCAUGAUUCUAUAUUCUCAUCGUACAAAUCGCAAAAUCAAACCAAAUAAUGCCUUAUAAAUGAUGCAGCUCAGAGACAGUAGUGUAUCCCCACACCCAGACAAUGCCACACAGCCUCCAGUGAACGAGAUGCCACGUCUCGCUUCCGUUUUGCAGUACAGGGAUUUUUUUUUUUUUCUGCCUAAUGUAAAUAUAACGCAAAAUUAAGGCAAGAGUGGGCGUGGCCCCUCCAAUGCCAACCACAGGGCCCUUUUGUAACUGAAUGACCCUACAAGUAGCCAGUGCUCUUUACCGUUUACAGUGCCCCUCCCCACCCACGUUCCCAUUCCUCCUGUCCCACGAAGCCCCUAGCCCCAGUCCUGGCAGCCAGGGUAAGGCGAGAUUUAUGAGAUUUUGGCAUUUUUUCUGCAAGUUGGAAACAUACAUAACUCCUUAUUAUAGUCAGUUACAAAGUCUAUCUCAGAGAUGUUUUUGUUUUUUAUCUUUCGCCCCGGGAGCAGGAUUUCCAUGGAAAAUAUGACACGAGAAAGUAUAGACCGAAGCAUGUUAGCAAAUAUCUGCCUCACAUACCUGGUGCCUCACCCCCGCCCUUAGGGACCCUGGAAGCACCCGCCAGGCUUCCCUUCCCUUCUUCAGCUCCCUUCUGAGCUCAAGAGGACCUGACUGGUCUGAGAGCAAAUCCCCCCUUCCCUGCCGCAGGCACUUCUCUGUGAGGGAGAAGGGUGGAAGUACAGCGGCCCCCGAAUAUGGAACUGGUCUGGACGGGCUCUGACUGCUGUUCUCGCACCCUUUUUCUUGAGCUGGGAAGAGAACAGAAGUGUGUUUUUGCUUGCACCUGACCCCCAAAUGCCCCCUGUCCUUGGAGGGGAAGCUAUACUAGAAGGAGGACAGAACAUAGAAGGAAACAGACUGACCCCGGGGUCUGUGCUCAAAACAGGUGGAGAUGAAAGGAAAUCGAGAGGGAGAGGCGGGCAGAGCAGUGGAAAAAUUAAUGUCCUUUAGAACAACCCAUGCAGGUGCUCAGACCUGAAGGACAGCGUGCCCAGACCAAGCCAUCCAAAAGAGGUUUCCGGUUAGGAGGGUUUUGGCAGACGUGAGUGCAUACACUCAGCUGUUGUCCAGAGUAAAGAGUAAGAUGGCGUCCUACAACUGAGCAAGGUCAAGUGCCCUUCUCUGGGGAAUCAAUCAUGCCAAACUGUAACUGCUAAAUCAAUGGAAAAGCAGCUUUUGCAGGUCAUUGGCUCUGGGCAUCGCCGAUUUGUUUUACUGGCUCCGGAAGCUUUCCAAAAGGUCAGAAUUUCUUUAUUAUAACGGCAUCCCCUCCGUCUCCCUCCCAGUUGCGUAAAAUAAUUACAAGGGUUUUAAUGAUCACGAUUAAGAAGGCCAAAGACAAAGACAAUUCCACCUUCAGAGUAGACUGACUGCCCUGAUGAGGUGUUUAUACACUCAUGUUCCACGCCACUGGGACAGAAAUGAAAAAUAAAGCCAUCAAGGACAGAGGGAAGGGAGGAGCAGAAACCAAAAAUUGCAAUUAGGGAGGAAUCUCAGGAAUCUGGCAUCACACCUCUCCUCGAGACCUAUCACUGAAUUUCACACCCUUCGAACUCAACUCAUGUGGUGCCUGCCUCUGGCAGGACAGGUUAAGCCCCUUGACCGUAAACUUUUGCAGAGGCGACGAAUCACGGCACCCUCACUGCUCUCAAGCGUCUCGCUAACACUGUCGCCUGUGCCCCACCCCCACCCCGUGUUUCAUAUGUAUUUUGUAUUUAUUGAUGUGCCCUCCGCAGACUCCUUUCUUUGUACCUAAUAAACUUUAAUAAGUGAAAAUGC